AGCGGCGGCCUCGCUGGAGCCUAGAAGAGGGGAGAGCUGAAGCCGGCCAUGUGACACCCCUCCUGGCCCCCCCCCCCCGGCCCCACACAGGAAUCAGAGGCCUCAGCCUUGGAGCAAUGGCGAGUCCUGAGCACCCUGGGAGCCCCGGAUGGAUGGGACCCAUAACCCAGUGCACCGCGGGGACCAAGCAGGAAGCACCAGCCACUGACCCAGAGCUCCCAUGUCCACGACCUGAUGGGCACUUAGACCCCCACAGCAGCCCCAGCCCCAACUCCAGCAUGACCACCGGGGAGCUGCAAGAGUACUGGCGGAAGGAGAAGCGCUGCUGGCGGCGCGUCAAGCUGCUCUUUGAGGUCGCGUCGGCCCGCAUCGAGGAGAGAACAAUGUCCAAGUUCGUGAUGUACCAAAUCGUCGUCAUCCAGACAGGGAGUUUUGACAGCAACAAAGCUGUGCUGGAGCGGCGCUACUCAGACUUUGAGACGCUCCAAAAAAACCUCCUCAAGACGUUCCGGGAGGAGAUUGAGGAUGUCGUCUUCCCCAAGAAGCACCUGAUGGGCAACUUCACGCAGGAGAUGAUCUCGGAGCGCAAGCUGGCCUUCAAGGAGUACCUGAGUCUGCUCUACUCGAUCCGCUGUGUCCGGCGAUCCCGCGAGUUCAUCGAUUUCCUAACCCGGCCGGAGCUCAGGGAGGCCUUCGGCUGCCUGCGAGGCGGCCAGUACACCCGGGCCCUGGACAUCCUGGUGCGCGUGGUGCCCCUGCAGGAGAAGCUGACGGCCCACUGCCCCGUGACGGUGGUCCCGGCCCUCUGCGCCAUGCUGGUGUGCCACCGGGACCUGGAGCGCCCUGCGGAGGCCUUCGCGGUGGGCGAGAGGGCGCUCCAGUGCCUGCAGGCCCGGGAGGGCCAUCGCUACUACGCGCCCCUGCUGGACGCCAUGAUCCGCCUGGCCUACACGCUGGGCAAAGACUUCGUGUCGCUGCAGAAGAGGCUGCAGGAGAGCCAGCUGCGCAAGCCCACCCCCUGGGGGCUCACCCUGAAGGAACUCACUGUGCGGGAAUAUCUGUACUGAGCCCCUCUGGCAGGCAGGCUGGAGAUGGGGGGGUAUGUUUAGGGGGAGGAGCCACGUGGGGCCCUAGGUUGCUGGGGGACCUCUGACAAGCCCUUCUUCUGGUCCUCCACUUUCCCAUCUGUGUUGAACAGACUGCGUCCUGUGUCCCUUCCAUGCCAGGCUCACCUCAUCUCAAAACCACAAACCCAGCUGCCGAAACGCUGGAGGGUGAGAUCCGUCUUCCUGAGGCUUCUGUGGGUAGCGGGAGGGGAGGGUGACAUUGCACACCAAGGACACAGCUUAACCCAUCUCGUCCGGACGGCUGUCUCCAGCUGGCCCUUCGUCUCUGCUCCUUCUCCCUUGACCUCGCCUGCGGAUAUCUUCACUGUUAUCCUAAACCUUCCGGCUCUUCCCUCUCAGCGUGUAGACCUGACUUGGCAAAACAAAAGCUCAUCCACUGCUCCUCAAGGCCAACUUCGUCUCUGGGAUGGGGUGUAUGGGGCCCUUUGAAGGGUGUAGCGACACUGGGCUAGAACAUAAUCCUACCAGAGGAUUCUGUGAAAUGAGCCAUUUAAAAAAAAAUGUUCUUAAUGUUUUAUUUAUU